AUGUUGAAGUACAGUAUACUGUUAGUCCUGAUCGCUGUCCCUGCAUAUUGUGAUUUACUUUCGGAAGCUGGCGAAUUUUUUUCAAAGCAGUUUACCGAUUUCAAAUCACUUUUUGCAAAGGAUGAAAAACAAUUACAACAAAGUGUAGAGCGAGUGAAAAAUCUUUUGGCGACAAUCCAAGAUAAAAUGGCAAUAUUAAAACCAUUGGCUAACGACGAGCAGAAAAAAGUAUUGGAUAAAGUUGGCAAUCUAAUUUCCCAAGUCAACGAUUUCCAAAAAAAUGUGUUUCAAGCUAAAAUGGAAUUCAAUCAGAAAGAGACUAGUUGGGAGAAUCUUGUCAAAAAGUUUUUUGUUACCGAAGGUCUCAGCAAGAUUAUAGCAUUGCUGCAGAAGUCAAAUGGUGCACCUGCAACAUUUGCAACCUAUCUGCUCACCUGUACUGUUCCUCUUUUGAUCAAUGCUUUACGAGAGUAA